CACCUCCGCCUCUGCGUCUCGACGUCUAUAUAAGCCCCGCCUCCUCCUCUCCCGCCCCACCUCAUCGCACUCUUCUUCCUUCGUCUUCCUUCUUUCUCCCGCCUUCUCCUCCUAGCUCCCAGCAAAGCAGCAGCUGCGAGCUCUUCGAACUUUUGAAUACUAGUCAUCAAUCAUCCAGCAGCCAGCAGUCGUCGUCCGCCGCUCAUCAGCCGAUCAACGUCUCAAGGGGAUCGAUCGGAAGAAUCUGAUGGACAUGGCGCACGAGAGAGACGCGAGCAGCGAGGAGGAGGUGAUGGCCGGCGAGCUCCGGCGCGGGCCGUGGACGGUGGAGGAGGACCUCCUGCUGGUCAACUACGUCGCCGCGCACGGCGAGGGACGCUGGAACUCGCUCGCCCGAUCAGCAGGGCUGAAGCGCACUGGCAAGAGCUGCCGCCUCCGGUGGCUCAACUACCUCCGCCCGGACCUCCGGCGCGGCAACAUCACGCCGCAGGAGCAGCUGCUCAUCCUGGAGCUGCACUCGCGCUGGGGCAACCGCUGGUCCAAGAUCGCGCAGCACCUCCCGGGGCGCACCGACAACGAGAUCAAGAACUACUGGCGCACGCGCGUGCAGAAGCACGCCAAGCAGCUCAAGUGCGACGUCAACAGCCAGCAGUUCAAGGACGUCAUGCGCUACCUCUGGAUGCCCCGCCUCGUCGAGCGCAUCCAGGCCGCCGCAGCCAACGCCAGCGCCGGCGGGGCUCCUCCGCAGCCUGGCGCCGCCGCGGACACGCCGCUCUCGUCGUCGUGGCAGCAAGGAGGCGCCGACGACGGCCUGUACGCGUCGCCGGAGGAGCUGCCCACGGACGCCUGCAGCUGGCCUCCUGCAGACUGCUAUUACCCAGCCGCCGUUGGUGACGGUGAUCACCACCAGCUACUGAUGAUGAACAACCCCGCCGUCGGCCCGGAGCUGUCGAGCACCACGGCCGGGUCGUCCUCCCCGUCCUCGGAUUCCGGCGCGGGGGCACAGCCCUGUUGGCUGGUGGCGCCGGUGGGUGGCGCGGAGUGGUUCACCACCGCCUGCGACGCCUCCAGCGCCGUCCUGGCCGGGCAGCAGCAGCAGCAGCAGCAAUCGUCGUGCCUGCUCGGGGAGACGACGACGUGGGCCUCAUCCGAGCUCCCCGAGCUGGGCGUCGCGGACUUCGAGAUCGGCAGCUUCGACGUGGAGAGCAUCUGGAGCAUGGACGACAACCUGUGGUUCACGCAGGCGCAGGGCGUGUGAAUAAUCCAAGUGCAACGAGCCACCACGCACGCGCGCGGCGACAUGGAAAUCCGCGGCAUCAUGUCGCCGGUGAGUGGAUCGGACACCCGCGUCGAUCGGACACGUCGGGGACGCCGCCUAGCAGAGGAGCAGAGGUAGCUGAGACACGGAUUAGAAGAAGGAGAGAGAUUAUUUGGAGGAAUCGAAGACGACGGCGUACACUUCUCUUUGUUCGGUUCAAGAUGCUGUUCUUGGGCUCGUAUUCUUCCGCUCCAGUUCUACUCCGUUUCUUAGUUUUUUUUUUCUUGUCUUAAUUCCCUAGCCGCCUAGCGGCUAGUAGGGUACAUACGCCAAAGAAAAUUCCAGAAAAAAAACGUAGCUGUUGUAGUAGUGUAUACUAUACUAGCGUUAAGUGUUUGUACGUGGCCCGUCUAAUUUUACUCAUUCUUUUUGAGUAAAUACAUCAUAUAUAUGAACAACUGAAGUUACUGCAAUGAUAGAGUGAUAGAUAGACUCUUAAUUUGGAGUGA